AUGGAUGUUGCUGGAGAGGAUGCUACCUCAAUAGAGGGACAUGUGAAAGUCCUACAGGACCAAUAUCGAAAGACACAGCCAGAUGCUCGUAUUGUUGAAGAGCGAAUGAGGAGGACCUUUGCCUGGAGGCGUAAGGAGAUUAUUGGUGGGAUGACUGUUGAAGAUGCUGUCAACAAAUAUCCGUUUUUGAAGAGUUCAUCAGGGCUUUAUCAAGAAAUUGGUUUCCUGUACAAGUCUGUUAAUCUUUGCCGGCACUUUCAAGAAAGCUUUGGAAACAUUGCAUCCAGUGUGCUACAACUUGCUUGCGGGAAAUCUCUUUUAGCAAAGCCGCUCAUAGAAGCUAGAGAAGAAUCUCUCGUUGAAGACCAUAAUGGAAUUGAUUUCAAAACAGCACUUCUCAUGUUGCUAGUCUUGUUCAGAGAAAAGCUUGAACACUUCAUUGUGCUUGGGGAGAGUGACCCAUCUUCACCAUAUCCAACUGUUCAAGUACAGGAAACCACUGACUGGAAAACUGUGCUUACAAGAAGAGUCACUGCUGUCAUCAGAGUUGAUGGGAUAGAGAUCUGCCGGGCUAGCGGUGUGGACGAAGGGGUUCUUUCUGCAUUCUGUGCCUAUUUUGUCUUCAAUUUGACAUAUCCACCUCACUUGAAGAACACUCUGGUGUUUCUUCAGCGGAGGUGGGUGCAGGAAAUGUCGCUCAUACCAGGUAACAUGGAGGGGAUCCACAUCUGCCCCGUGCAGACAACAAAGCGGAGCGGCACCCUCAGCGGAACGCUGGAGCGGAGCGGCACCCUCGGCGGAACGCUGGAGCGGAGCAGCACCCUCGGCGGAACACUGGAGCGGAGAGACACGCUCGUAAGAACGCUGGAACGGAGCGACGCACUCGGUGGGAUGCUGGAACGGAGCAGCACGCUCGGCUGGACACUGGACGGGAGAGACAAGCUCGGCGGAACCGAAGGGGCAGAAUUUGUCAUCCCGAACAUCCCCAUGAAAAGCCUGAUGAAAUUGGCAUACGAGCCAAAAUCACCUCUAUUCACGCUCCACAUUAUACUGGCCCGAGAGAGGGCCUCUCUAGACAAGAGGGAUUUUGGCUCGUUUGGUGGGGAAUUGGGAUGA